AUGAUCAUUCAAUAAUAAACUUUAAAUUAAUUGCUAAAGUUAAAAAAAUGGGGUUUAACUUUUUCAAAAAAAUUAAAAUAUGUAUUUGUCUAAUACUCACAUUCUUAGCAAUAUAUUGGUAGAUGUAGAAAUAUCUAAUUAAUCAAUGAAACUAAUAAAAAUGUCUUUUAGCAAUUUGAUUUCAUUUUUUUAAGAUUAUUAGAUGAAUUUUAUCAGCAAGAAAAACACAUUAGAUAAAAAAACUAAUUGAAAAUCUUUCUUAAAUGUUUGUAUCUGAAAUUAGAAUGUGAUAUUGUCUUCAUAAUAGAUUUAACAGCAAAAAAUGACAAAAAAGAAUUAGAUAAAUAAAGUAACUAUUAGCAGAUAAGAAGAGGCAUUGGUCUAUGUUUGGAAUUAUUUAUUUAGAAAAUAAGAAAGCAUACAAUUUAAUAGAUGACUCUUAAGAAACGUUCUAUAAUCUAUAAAAAUAUAUAUUAAAUCUGA